AUGAACAUUGGAAUUUCAACAAUGCUAUCCAACAGAGUGAAGUCAUCAUUGCAAAAAGUAUCAACUGGUUUAGUACUAAUCCGGUACGCCAGUACCAGUUACAAUUCACUUCUUCACAAUUCAGUUGAAAGCGUCAACCAAACAUUGGAAAAAAGUGAUCGAUCAUCAUACAUAUUGGCUCAGUACAUCCCCGAACCGGCACGAAAUACUUUUCUAGCCAUCAGAGCUUUCAACCUCGAAAUUAGCAAGAUCAACGAAGGUGGGAAAAAUGUCCAAUCUCGAGCAUCCAUGGCAUCAAAGCAAAUGACGCAAACGUUGGGGGUAUCGACUGCUGAUUUAAAGUUUAAAUUCUGGAGUGAUUUGCUUCUACGAGUGUUUACCGAUGAUCCAAACAGUCUGCAGGGUUUGGGAGAACCAAUAGCAAUUUUACUAAGAGACGGAUUAAGGAAUAAUUUGAAUAUAGAUUUGUCCUAUUUGCAAAAGUUUUUACAAACCAAACGUUCAUUUAUAAAGAGUAAUGCUUCGUUUGGCACCACUAAUGAAAUUUGCAGUUAUGGUGAGGGGACUUAUUCCCAACUCAAUUACCUAACACAACAAGUAUUGUUAUCGCCACCAAUUUCUCCAUCAUCGACUCAGUUGUUGCAAUAUUCACCUGCUUUGCAAUCAACAAUUACCGAUAUCGCAGCUCAUAUUGGACAAGCCACAGCCAUAGCUGCAAUGAUCACCGGAUUGAGAUACUACGCCUCAACAAGAAACCAAGUGCCUCUUCCAAUUGACUUGAUGAACAAUCAUGAUUUAUCACAAGAAUCCGUCUUGAGGUUAUUUCAGGGGCAUAUAUCCGAUACAAAGGAUGAACAAGGCCUAAAGAACAAACUAAACCUGGUUAUUUAUGAAACAGCAGUUGUGGCAAACGACCAUAUGUUGACAGCAAAUAAAAAGCUAAAUGAUUUCAAGAAAGAAGUUGUUAAAGUUAUAGACAUGCAUUCUGACGACCAAAAGUUCCAGGUUUAUGCCAAAAAAUGGAGAGGCAAAGUACCAGACGUCAUAUUCACUCCUUUGAUGGUGGGAAUCCCAACAAGUUUGUACUUGAGGAAAUUGGAAAAGCAUGAUUUUGAUAUAUUGAACACCAACUUACAACAACCAGAGUGGAGACUUGCUUGGACAUCAUUCAAAGACUAUUACUUGCGGAAGAUUUAA